AUGGCAUUAACAGCUUUGUUAGCUGAGGAAGAAUUUGACAGUAUAGUCCUUGAGACAACGGUUGACAGUAUAGUCCUUGAGAUAACAGUUGACAGUAUAGUCCUUGAGACAACAGUUGACAGUAUAGUCCUUGAGACAACGGUUGACAGUAUAGUCCUUGAGAUAACAGUUGACAGUAUAGUCCUUGAGACAACAGUUGACAGUAUAGUCCUUGAGACAACGGUUGACAGUAUAGUCCUUGAGACAACAGUUGACAGUAUAGUCCUUGAGACAACGGUUGACAGUAUAGUCCUUGAGACAACAGUUGACAGUAUAGUCCUUGAGACAACGGUUGACAGUAUAGUCCUUGAGACAACAGUUGACAGUAUAGUCCUUGAGACAACGGUUGACAGUAUAGUCCUUGAGACAACGGUUGACGUUGACAGUAUAGUCCUUGAGAUAACAGUUGACAGUAUAGUUCUUGAGACAACAGUUGACAGUAUAGUCCUUGAGAUAACAGUUGACAGUAUAGUCCUUGAGACAACAGUUGACAGUAUAGUCCUUGAGACAACAGUUGACAGUAUAGUCCUUGAGACAACGGUUGACAGUAUAGUCCUUGAGACAACAGUUGACAUCCUUGAGAUAACAGUUGACAGUAUAGUCCUUGAGAUAACAGUUGACAGUAUAGUCCUUGAGACAACAGUUGACAGUAUAGUCCUUGAGAUAACAGUUGACAGUAUAGUCCUUGAGAUAACAGUUGACAGUAAAGUUCUCCAGACAACAGUUGACAGUAUAGUCCUUGAGAUAACAGUUGACAGUAUAGUCCUUGAGAUAACAGUUGACAGUAAAGUCCUUGAGACAACAGUUGACAGUAUAGUCCUUGAGAUAACAGUUGACAGUAUAGUCCUUGAGACAACAGUUGACAGUAUAGUCCUUGAGACAACGGUUGACAGUAUAGUCCUUGAGAUAACAGUUGACAGUAUAGUCCUUGAGACAACAGUUGACAGUAUAGUCCUUGAGACAACGGUUGACGGUAUAGUCCUUUAG